GGCGGACGAGGCAACGGGGCUCACAAUGAACAAACAAACGGAGCUGCUGCACAUCAGAUUCUGCUUUCUUUGACAAAACAACAGAAUCAGAAGUACUUUAUUAAUCACCGAGGCGAAAUUAACAACUUUUUACAUCCCUGCAUCGGCGGAAAUGCUACACAAGUAACGCUUGGUGGACAUUUUCUGUAGAACCCAGCGCAUGCCACCCACUCGCCCGGAUGGAUCCUGGGCCCGCCUCCCCUCCCUCCUCCAAGGUGGCCGGCCCCUCCUCCCUGUGGCGGCUUGCCGAGAGGCGAACGCGCAAGGCGGGCUCGGGGAACAUUUUCAGCAAUGUGAACCUGUGGCAGCUCCAGAGACUUUUUAGAGCGGCGGGGGACCAGGACGCCGAGCAGAGGGCUCAGCUGGUUUGGGCUCACAGGGAUGAAGCGGAACUGGCUCAGGCCUUGACAGGACUCCGGACACGGAGUCACCGCAGGGGCCUGAGGGCCAACGGGAGGGAGACGCUGGGGGCACAUUGGCUGCGAGCCUUCACUCAUCUCAGGAUUGGGGAGGGCUUCCAAAGCAGCCCACAGAAGGACUCUACAGAUGAGGAGGAUUCCAAGGCCGAGGCUCCCAGCAGCGAAGACACACCCGCGACAGCAGGAAGAUCUACAGGGACCAGCGUGGUACUAAAUGAAAGCCAAGGCCUCUCGGGUCAAUGUGACAGACCCGGUCGAGUUGGUCCAGGUCCCAGGAGAGGAGGAGAGAACGACCCAGAGAGAUACCUUCACAGAAUACUCCACUAAGCACAUGGAAGCCUCAGGUCUGGAGCUUCUGCAAGUCAUCUGAUGAUGCACGAGCACGUUGGACUAACUUCUAGGAAGUGUUUUCAUGGCUAGCUAUGUAUGUCAUCCAAGAGUUGUCUUUUUCAUUGGUCUUUUUGUCUAAUAAAGUCUUUGUCUUUA